CACACUCGUGUUUACGAUUAGGGGUCACGUUCUCCAAUUGCUGGAGUAGACUGUUGGUCACUGUACUACAAACAUCUCAGAAAUGGUGGCAGUCGCCAGUCUAUAAUUCCUCGUUUCUUUUCAACCGUGGGCGGUUUUUGUUUUUGCAACGAUGCCGGGGAUGUGCUCUGUGCCAGGCUGUAAGGGCUACAAGAAGGCCAGGUCCCGGGGAGUCGUAUUCCACUCUCUGCCUACAAGAGACCCGGAGCGAUGCAGAAAGUGGUUAAAGGCCAUACAGAACCCCAAAUUUGACGAAAACACACCAGUAAACAAAUACGGCAAUAUACGAGUCUGCAGCCAGCAUUUUAAACCGCACGAUUACGAACCGGACAUACAGGCAGAACUUAUGAAAACAACGCCACGAAAAAUCCUCAAGUACAAUGUGAUUCCGUCUGUUUUCUCUGGAAGACAGCAAGAGGACCCCAGCACAUCUCUGCCCGCAGGUGACAGCAGCCGAACAGAGCCGAAGGCUCCCAGUACAGAUGCUCAAGCCUCUACCUCAGUGGUUUCAGGUUCCAGCGUGGACAGCAUGUUGCAAUGGGCCUCUGUGCCGACUUCAGGUCCGACUACAUCUUCACAAGCUUCUUUCUUGGGUGUUCAAGGUACUGGUGUGGAUACUGCAUCACCUUCUCCUUCCCUGCUAAUUCCUAUUUCCUCAGGAGCUCCACGCACUUCAUCCCAGUCCCCUCCACCAGCUGAUCCCAUUGAAAAUGUGUACAGCUUGGCAUCUGUUGAUCGUCUGAAUGAGAGCUUUCACCAAGAGUCUGAAUUUAGCUGGACAACAGCAUCAAAAUCGGACAAGAACACAGAAAAAGACUUGAGUCAGUCAAAGACUAUUGUGAACGACAGUUGUUUGAUGGAGCUGUUUAAGAAGUGUCAGACAUGUGGACAGACCAUAACCAAAAAGAAGGUGUCUCACUGUGGUGCACAGAAGAAGGUGAGGUGGAGCUGCCUUGGUGGACACAGGGGCACAUGGAUGUCAUCACCUCACCUUUGGGAGGCGUUUCCUGAAAUCCACCUUCUUACAGCUCUUGCCAUCCUUUUUUCCGGAGGCACCUUUACAUACUUUAAAAAAUGGGCCAAACAUCUGCACCUGAAUUUCAUGGGGAAUAAAACUUUUUUUGAAAUUCAAAAGGCAUACUUCAACUCAGAAAAGAAACAGAUGAUCAGGUCUGAGCAGGAAGGAAUCUAUGCAAAGGGGGUCCACCAACAGCUGGACGCAACUCCACUUCACAUUGCAGAUCCUCAGAAGAAAAUGAAGGCCAUGUCGAGGGGAAGAGAGAAAGGCGCUCUAUCAUCAUGGUCCAGGCAUGAAAAGAGAUCCUCAAUAACGAUGACCUCUACUAGAGCUUGCAUACAAGAGCCUACCGCACUAUCAAGUCUUAGACAUGUAUCAGCCUCUGAAAGUUUCGAUGAGGUGGAGGUCACUAUUGACGAGGAUGAUUGCAACAGUGUAAAGAACAGAAUAUCUGACUUGGAUAGUGAUAUGGAAAACAUCACAGAAACUACUGAACUGAAAACAUCAGGAGCAGAUGACAGCUGUGAUGAAGAAGUUUACGUACCACUAAUUCCUCAGAGGUCCACAACAUCUGAGCUUUUACUGGAAUGUGAAGAGGAGGAGCUGGAGCCAUGGCAGAAACAAACUUCACAAGUUCACUGUAAAGAUGAAGAUGACGUUGGAGAGCUGACUAACGACCAAAUAGAUUGUAAGGCGGAGCCUUCACCUCUCCAGAGAAAUGCAGUGAUGACUUCACCACCGAAGUUGAAAACAGAAACUGAAGAGCCUGUGGUCUUCAACAACCAAGGAUUCAUUGUGGCUUCUCCACAAUUAACAAGCAACACUGAGUUCAUUGGCUCCCUUGGGAUACAGUGUCCUCCCAGGAAUUCGUUUGCAGUAGUACCAGCUGGUCACCAGCAACUUUUCCAGAAAGUGGCUACAGCCACAGUAACACCCGGGGCCUAUGGUGGUGUCCAUUCUUCUGAGGUGCAGCAAAUCAGCAACAACCCUGUGUCCUUAUCGAGUGUCCAGGGUCCUGCAGUAUAUGCAACAUCAUCUAACCAGCUACAGUCAGACCAGUCCAACUCACAGGCCCUCUCUGUAUCGGUUUCUCGGCCUCGCUUUACCGUACUUGAACUUGAAUCAACUGGCACAUCAAACAAACAAUAACUAUAAAACUUAAAUGAAGCGUCUCACAUAAAUGUGUCAUAUCAAUUGCAGAAACUAAUAAGAUGCAAGUUGUCUGCAUAUUUAUGCGUCUGUGCAGGCCACUGAGUCUGUUUGCUCUUCUAACAUGGCUACUGUCUGAGAAACCCUGCACACAGCACCUGUUACCUCUUUUUCCAAGACCAAAAGAAAAAAGUGGUAGCAGCCUGUCACUUACAUUCCACUACAGUACAGCCAUUAUUUUAAUAUUAUGUUCAGUAAAAUAAAUUCUUAAGU